CAUAGCUCUAAAUCCGUUAAAGGGAAGCAGUACAAUUCUUUCAUUGGCAAAUCCCGGGAAGUCUGAAGCCUCACAACGCUGGAGGGAUAAAUAAAACUCUAACAAUCCACUGAGAGACAGAAGAGAGAAGCAAAACCAAGGGUCAGAGCAGACCAGAAAACACACUCAAAAUGGCCCCACACAUCCACAUGUCAGAGCCACUGUGCCUCAUUGAGAACACUGAAGAGAAGCUGGUGGUUAAACAAGAGGCUCUGAGGAUCCUGUCUGCCAUCACCCAGCCCCUUGUGGUGGUGGCCAUCGUGGGCCUCUACCGCACGGGCAAAUCCUACCUGAUGAACAAGCUCGCUAAGAAGGAAAGAGGCUUUUCUGUUGGCUCCACGGUGCAAUCCCACACCAAGGGGAUCUGGAUGUGGUGUGUGCCUCAUCCGGAGAAGCCGGACCACACCCUCGUUCUGCUUGACACCGAGGGUCUGGGAGACGUAGAGAAGGUUGAUGGUAAGAAUGAUGCCCAGAUCUUUGCGCUGGCAGUCCUGCUGAGCAGCACCUUUGUAUACAACACUAUGAACAAAAUUGACCAGGAUGCUAUCGACCGACUGCACAAUGUGACAGAACUGACAGAUCUGCUCAGAACAAGAAAUUCACCUGAUUUUAACGGAGCUGAAGAUGCUGCUGACUUGGGGAGCUUCUUGCCGGAUUUAGUGUGGACUCUGAGAGAUUUCUACCUAAGCCUGGAAACAGAUGGACAGAGCAUCACACCAGAUCAAUACCUGGAGAACUCACUGAAACUCAAAGAAGGUAGCAAUGAGAGAAUUCAACAUUUCAAUUUGCCCCGUUUGUGCAUAAAGAAAUUCUUUCCAAGAAAGAAAUGCUUUAUCUUUGAGUCACCUGCUGAGAAGAAGCAGCUUCCCCACCUCGAGGACCUUCGAGAUGAUGAGCUGGAUCCUGACUUUGUGAAACAAGUGUCAGAAUUCUGUUCCUACAUCUUCAGCCACUCCGCAGCCAAGACUCUUCCAGGAGGCUUCAAGGUCAAUGGACCCUGUCUUGAGAGCCUGACACAGACCUAUGUUGAUGCCAUCAACAGAGGGGAUCUGCCCUGCGUGGGGAACUCAGUCCUAGCCUUGGUCCAGACAGAGAACUCAGCUGCAGUGCAGAAGGCACUGGCCCACUAUGACCAGCAGAUGGGCCAGAAGGUGCAGCUGCCCACAGACACCCUCCAGGAGCUGCUGGACCUGCACAGGGCCUGUGAGAGGGAGGCCAUGGAGAUAUUCAUAAAGAACUCUUUCAAGGAUGAGGACCAAACUUUCCAGAAGGAAUUACAGACCCUCCUAGGUGCAAAGCAGAAUGACAUUUGUGAGCGGAACAAGGAAGCCUCUUCAGAACGUUGCUCAGCUUUACUUCAGGAUAUUUUUGGUCCUCUGGAAGAAGAAGUGAGGCAGGGGAUUUAUUUUAAGGCAGGAGGCCAUAACCUCUUCCUUCAAAAAAUGGAAGCAUUGAAGGCGAAUUACUAUCAACAGCCAAGGAAAGGAAUACAGGCUGAGGAAGUUCUGCAGAAUUACCUAAAGUCCAAGCAGUCUGUGAAUGAUGUUGUUCUACAGACAGACCAGGCUCUCACUGCCAAGGAAAAGGAGAGGGAAGAGGCUCAGUGGAAGGCAGCGGCUCAAAGGGCAGAGGAAGAAAGAUUGGCGGCCAUUGCCCGGGAGAACCAGAGACGCCUGGAGGAGAGGCAGAGGCUCCACCAGGAGCAAGUGAGACAGAUGGAGAUCCAAAGAGCAAACUUCCUGGCACAGCAGCGGAGGGAGCAGGAGCGGCGGCUCCAGGAGGAAGCUGAAAGGCAAAGAGCAGCGGCUGAAGCUGAACAGAGAAGACUGCAAGACGAGAUAAACCGUUUGAAAUCCUAUAGACCACCACGUAAUGAUGACUGUAUCUUGCUCUAAAGUGCUGAACAUCAGAGCUUCCAUUUUUUUCUUUCUCCUUUUUACUGCAGACACAAUGGGACAAGAAACAUAGAACUUCAGGCAAUCAGUAUUUAAGUAAUUCCAAUGCCUCCUGUCUAACUUUCUGUAUUUGGCUCAGGGUAUUAAAAAAUAACAGGGUGGGAGUUAACCACACAGGCUGAGUCAGAUGGACUGAGACUAAGGUUUGGGCUCAGCUGGUCAUCACUCCUGCUGGUUGGCAUGUGCUGAGUGCUGUCAGAGGAGGCAGCUGUGGUACAGUGGAAAUAAUGUACAGCUCUCCCCUUGAUAGAGGCACUACUGUACAAGCUGUGUCAUAACUGGGCAGCAGUGUCAGUAGACCAUCUGCACAGAGAAAUUCCAAGCUGAAAGCAAGUAAUACUAUAAAAUCUCCUAUUUUGGAAGAUAAAAUAUUAGCAGGGAAAUUAUAUCCCAGUUUGAAGGGCUAAAAAAAAUAGUGUUUUCCUUAUGUUUAACCUUACUAAAAAUGUAAUUUCAAUAGUAUAUUCUAUAAUAGGAAAUAAAUUAUAUUAGAUGUAUAGUAAUCAUUUACUAAACAUUUGUAAUUUCAUAAACUUUGUAAAUAGGUCACAUAAGAAAUGUGCUGAAAACCUGAUGUAACUCAUUUAAUUACAUGUUUACGUUAGUGCUAAAAUUAAAUCAUCUCAAUUUUUUCUGGUCAUGUGUGA